AUGUUUUUGUUGUGUUGUUCAUUUACUGUAACUGUGUCAAUUGGGAAUCAUGGAAUCUUAGUAACAGAUCCAAAAACGAAUAUUACAACAUAUCAUACAGAUGAAGCACCCGACAAAUACUAUGUGACACAUGAAGCUUGGUUUGAUAUCGUCAUAAUGGAUGAUAAACUAUCUGCAGUACCGAUUAAGAAACAACGAAUCAUCAUCGGUUUAUUCGGGGAAAUUUGUCCUAUGACAGUAACAAACUUUGUCACGAUUACCAAAGGUCUUAGACGUGGUGCAGAUUUUGUCUAUGAACUUGGUGAAUUAGAAACAUUCCGUGGUACCAGCAUUCCAAAAAAACAUGUUGAAAUUUUGGAUUGUGGUCUGAAUGACAUAACAAAAUAUGAAUUAACGAAUGAACAAUUAAAUGCAUACAGUGAUGUAUUUGCAAGUAGCUAA